AUGAAGUUUUUAAGCUCUUUUAGGCUAUUUUUGGCGGUUGAUUUUUUGGCGCUGGUCUGUGGUCUGGAAAUGAGCCCAUAUGGUUGCAGUCCUGAGGAGACAAAUGUGCUAGACGCAGCCUAUGGAGCUGUAAAUUAUGCUCUGAUGCGUGCGAUAGACCGCACAGAGCGGCUGAUAUAUAUACUUGAGGAUGAUUAUGGCCCCGAGGACGAGAUUCUCGGCUUCGACCGCUCGACGCUGAUGGUUUUUGAAGCCAUUUUCGGGCCGGUGUACUUUGGCACGGACCAGCCUGCUGAGCGCGAAAGGGGAAUUGCGAUAGUCCAUCAUAUUCAGGAUACACUCAGGAGGUAUGACCGCGGAUUCGAGGCACCCUCUUUCGUGGAGCUGAGAUGCUCCGAAGACUGGGUACUUGCAGAGGCGCCGGAAGAAAUGAAUAUCGACCUCAUCGAACCGGAAGCUUGGGACGAUCGGCCUGCUCAUCUGGGCGGACAAGUGAUCUUCGAGACAAACGCGAACCAGCGACAUAGGUGUGAAGAUAGUGACUUGUAUGCCUAUAAGCUUUGGGUCCCGGAUUCAACCUACGGAGGACACGACUUGCUAGUCUUCUGUCCCUCCACCUUCGCACGCAUUUGGGAAGACCCUUCAUAUUCCAUAUCGCUAAGGGAGCUACGGUCAAGACAGUUGCCUGGCCACACGCCACUGGACGACAUCUGCGACGGCAAUCUUGCAUGCUCGAUGAUUCACGAGUUAACGCACUCGGAUGUCAUAAUGGAGGGUGAACCGCUGUACGAUGAAGUAGGACGCGAUAACCGGCCGGCGUAUGGAUGGGUUCGCAUCACGGACCUUGGGUGGCAUUAUCCCGAGAAGGCAGGGUCCAAUGCUGACAGCUAUACGUUCUAUAUACUCGGUGGGUUUGCCCUUCUCUCCAGCUCCUAG